AGAAGAAGAAGGAGGAGGAGGAGGAGGAGAAGAAGAAGAAGACACUUAAACCUAUUUUAUUUGUUAGAUGAAUUGAUCAAAACCUGUUACUGUCAAUGGAAUAAUCAUCAUUUUUAUACAAACAUUUAUUCUACAUUAAAAUACUCCAAGAUUGAAAAUAAGGUAAAAUUUUAAAAUAGAAAAGAAAAGACAACCUAUGUUAUAAAUACUAUCCUUCUUCUCCUUUCUUCUCUUAAUAUAUUUACAUAUAUAAGAAUGAUACUAUUUUAGUUUUUGUAGAGAAUAACAUGGUAAAACAAAUAGAAACAAUUUUAAGUAAUUGUUUUAUCACUCCAAACAUAGUAGCUUUCAUUGUGCCUCAUGAAAAAGAAGAUAAUUACGAAUUUGCUAUUCGUAGCAAAUGGGCUGCUAUCAUGGGCAACAAUGAGAAUCAAAAGUUAUCCAAGAUGACUCUAAUUCAAGUUAAACAAAUAAAUGAAGCACAAGAUCAGUUAUUUGGAAAUUUAUUAGCUUGUAAUCGUGAUUUAUCAAGAGAAUCUCAACUAGUAAAAAUGAAUGCCUAUCAACGACCAACAAAUAGUCGAUUUUCAUUUGUAAAGCAUGAAAUUAUACGUAAAAAGAGCAUAUCUACUUUUAGGUUAUUCUCUGCUCUAGGAAUACAUCAACAACGACGUCAACAUGUAAAGCCUUCUAAUAAUAUAUUCAUAAAUCGACGUUCACGAACAACUACAGCGAGAAAACCAAUAACAACUAGGGUAACAUCAGCAGCAGUAAAUAAUGAAUCUAAUUCAAAUGAUUUGGAUAAUCAUAAUUCAUCCAUAUAUCGUUCGUGUCUAUCAUCCAUAAAUAGUAGCAAUCUCUCUAUCAAAUCUCAAUAUAGUGAAGAGUCUAUUAACAAACUGAUAUCACCAUUAAAUUCACUUGAAAAACAAAGCACUAAUAGACGCUCUUUAUCCUUAUCACCAUCACCACUUGUAUCAUCACAAUAUCAAUCCACGUUUUAUCGUCUAGCAAAUGCUUCUCUUUUAACAAAUAAUCAAGAACAAAGAGGUUUGAAUGUAAACCAAGUUUUCAUCCAACACGAACUGCUUCUUAUGAAUUACAGUCUGCUGCAGAUAAAAGAGGAUCAGAAGAAUUAAUCAAUCUUUCUUUCAUGAAUAACAAUAACAAAUCAAUGUUGGAAGAAGAUGACGAUAAUCAAAGUUCUAGUCUACGUGAGCCUACACCUGCUAUGAUUGGACCUGGAAGUGAGUUUUCAACCAUUCAUAGUCAGCAAAGUACUUCUACUAUUUCAACUUUUAAUCAUCAACGACUUUCUCCUUUAUCUCGUAAUAAAAUUUUAGAUCAUCAUUCCCUCCCAUCCUUCAUCAAUCGUCCAUCCUUAUCUGACUUGACCAUUCCAAUUACUACUGUGUCGUCUUCACUUGAUGAUUAUCAGCAUAAUGUAUCAACUUAU